AACACCGCUCAGGCGCCUGCUCUCAGUGGGGUGGGCUUACCAGGUCAGCAGCUGGAGGAAGACAGCCCUGGGACUGAAGCUGUUAGUCUCUUCUCAUGCCAGCGACAACAACGACCCGCCUGAGGACCGGAGGCUGUUUGGACACACCUAUUACUCACCAGCCUCCCCCUUUUGUCUGCCAGCCCAGCCUGACUCCUGUGAAUAGCUCCAUCAAGCCUGGGAUAGGAGCUGGGUAGCCAAACCAAGCUACACCCAGAGCACCCAACAGGCCCAUGUUGCAGCCAAUGUUCUCCAUGGAGCUGGGGGGCCAUCGGCCUGGCUUCCUGCCUGUGCUCCUGGCUCUCUUGAUCAUUGCCUGGGCAGAAGUGAGUCCCGUCUGGCUGCAGAAGGAGCAGGCUGCAGUACCCAGAGGGCCAGGCCUGACCUUGUCUCCUGCCCCAGUCCUGAGCAAGAAGGAGAGUUUCCUGCUCCUCUCCCUGCAUAACCGCCUGCGCAGCAAGGUCCACCCCCCUGCUGCCAACAUGCAGAGAAUGGACUGGAGUGAGAACCUGGCCCGAUGGGCUCAGGCUAGGGCUGCCCUCUGUGGUGCCCCAGUCCUGCACCCUGAGUUGGCCCCCAGGACUGCCCUGCAUGUGGGCUGGAACAUGCAGCUGCUGCCCCGAGGCUCCACAACCUUUGCCCAAGUGGUGGGCCUGUGGUUUGUAGAGGGGCAGCAGUACAGCCACACCACUGCUGAGUGCUUCCAGAACACCACCUGCAUCCACUACACGCAGCUAGUCUGGGCCACUUCAAGUCAGCUGGGCUGUGGGAGGCACCCCUGCUCCGGAGACCAAGCAGAGAUGGAAGCCUUUGUCUGUGCCUACUCUCCAGGAGGCAACUGGGAGGUCAACGGGAAGACAGUCACCCCCUACAAGAAGGGCCCCUCGUGUUCCCUCUGCACAGCUAGUGUCUCCGGCUGCUUCAAAGCCUGGGACCAUGCAGGGGGGCUCUGUGAGGUCCCCAGGAACCCCUGUCGCAUGAGCUGCCGAAAUCAUGGACAUCUCAAUGUCAGCACGUGCCACUGUCACUGUCCUCCAGGCUACACGGGCAGAUACUGCCAAGUGCGGUGCAGCGUGCAGUGUGUGCAUGGCCGGUUCCGGGAAGAGGAGUGCUCCUGCAUCUGUGACAUUGGCUAUGGGGGAGCCCAGUGUGACAUCAAGGUGCACUUUCCCUUUCACACUUGUGACCUGAGGAUUGAUGGAGAUUGCUUCCUAGUGUCAUCAGAGGCAGACACAUACUACGGAGCCAAGAUGAAAUGCCAGGAAAAAGGAGGAGUGCUGGUCCAGAUCGAGAGCCAGAAAGUGCAGGACAUCUUGGCCUUCUACCUGGACCACCUGGAGACCACCAAUGAGGUGACCAACAGUGACUUUGAGACUAGGAACUUCUGGAUCGGACUCACCUACAAGACUGCUAAGGACUCCUUCCGUUGGACCACCGGAGAGCAUCAGUCCUUCACCAGUUUUGCCUUUGGGCAGCCUGACAACCAGGGGUUUGGUAACUGCGUGGAGUUGCAGGCAUCUGCUGCCUUUAACUGGAAUGACCAACGCUGUAAAACCCGAAAUCGUUACAUCUGCCAGUUUGCUCAGGAGCACAUUUUGAGGUGGAACUCUGGGCCCUGAAACACGGGCCAGGCCAGGACCACAAACCUGACAUCUGAAGAGGUCUCUGACUGCAGGGAGUGGGGCAGGGAGUAAAAGUUAGACUAAUGGGGAGCCUGGCACAGGGGGAGAGGAGCUGCACAUCUCUCAACCUGCUCUGGAUUGAAAAGAUAAGCUCAAGGAGGUUUCAAAACAGGAGCUAAGUCAGUGGUCAAAAGAGAUUGCCCUCCUUACUCUGGGCUGGACCCUCUGGGGCAGAUGAAGGUUCCUGAUAUCCUGGGAUGCAAACCAUAGAGGAUUAAAUUAAGUUUUGAAUUACCUGAACUUAUGAAAGCUCAUUUUGAAGGUGUAUUCAGACAACUAGAAUCAUCCUAGGGAAACCAGAGUGUGUCUGAUGCUUUGCCACUUGCUGGCUGCCUCCUGCAUACCCUCUUGACACCCCCUGGAAGUUCUUUCUCUUUUGUUUUCUAAAAAAGAUGUAUUUGUACAAAUUAUUGUAUUUACUGUUGAAUGUAAAACAUUAAUUCCCCAAUAAAUAAA